AUGACCUUACGUAUCAGAGGAGGCAAAAACGGAAUAGAGACGCACACCUUUGCCGUUUCAACUGCCGACGAUCUAGCCACAUGGGCGCGCGCCAUCGUCGAAGGUGGUCACAGCGCGGUGACAGCGGCUCGUGAGAUUGUUGUUGCCUGCCGAUGGCGAGGUCAGGACUGCCGGUUGAUCAUGCACUACGAAACGGGCAUAAGCCUUACACUGAAGCAAUCCCGUCCUCUUCAAGCCUCCCGUACCGCCUUUACUACCGGCAGUGGUGAUGAAAUGAAGGGCCAAACGAACCAAUCAUCGGCAUUAAUCAGCAAUCAGAUGGCAAAGGAUGCUGGUUUAGACCAAGACCUAGUCGUGCUCUGGCAAUUCCCCUAUCAGCGGCUCUGCUCUACUGCAGACGACGGACAAAGCUUGCUUUGGAUAGACUUCGGGCAGGAGGGAGAACGGGUAGAUCCUUUUAAAAGGCUACUUGAUUUGUUUACUAAAUCCACAUAA